AUGGUAACAAGGCAAAUGGAAGCGAUUCAGAAGAAAUUGGCAAUGCUAAAUUACUCACGAGCGAAUGCCCCUGCACAGUCUCUCCUAUUUUCUAGCAUGGAGCGCUAUGCCCUUUUGGAAUGGCUCUUCUUUCGGCUAUUAGGUGAUAAGUCACCCUUUUCCCAACAAAACAUACAAGGGGAUGCACUUGAUCGUGAUGAGGAGACUGCUCCAAUUCAGUAUUUGGCUGAAAUUGCUAAGUUCUUGGGCAUUACGACAACUGUAGAUACAGAAGCCAUUCAAGGACAUGGAAGCUAUGAAGAGCGCACCGAAAUGCUCCGUCUUAUUGUAGAUCUAGUGGAGGCAACUAUCUAUGCUGAUAAUCCAGAAUGGAGUGUUGAUGAGCAGGUAGCCAAGGACAUCCAAUUGAUAGAUUCCAUUGCAGAAAAACAGGCACAAAUAUUUUCGGAAGACUAUAAAUUGUUUCCUGCAGAUGUUCAGAUUCAGUCAAUAUAUCCAUUGCCAGAUGUUUCUGAGCUAGAGUCAAAGCUUUCUGAACAAUCAAAGAUUUUGUUGAAUCUUCAACAAAAAGUUGAUGACUUGGCGUCCAAGCAUGCUUACAACCCAGAUGAGGAGUAUGCUGAGGUGGAAUCCCAAUUGCGGACAUAUUUGGAAUCAUUCCUACAAACAGCUAGAACAUUCAACUUGAUUUACACCAAGGAAAUCCGGCCAUGGACGCACAUGAUGGAGGUUCCACAACUUCAUGGAUUCGGACCAGCUGCCAAUCGGCUAUUGGAAGCUUACAAAAUGCUUUUGAAGUUUUUGGGGAACCUACGAAAUCUUAGAGAUUCACACGCAGCUCUUGCUUUUCGAUCUUCCGAAACUUCUGAAGGGCCUUCUUCUGUCACAAAAAUAAUCUCUGAAUGUGAAUCUGCAUUGACUGACUUAAAUCGCAGUCUUGGAAUUCUUUCUGCUUCCAUUGCUCGUGAACAGGGAAAUAAGAUGAGCACUUGAUGAAACAAUGAGUUAGUCUUUAUUCUUUUGGAAUGUGAUCUUGUUGUGCAUAGUAUUCAUAUUUGUGGACAUAAGAUGUGACGAUGUGGUGUGAAGUCUGCAGCUCUAUAUUAUGCGAACAGAUUAUUUAUUUAUUUUUGGAAAUUCGGUAUCCUGUUCAAAGACCGACUAAUUCA